GACCAACCAGGAAGUGAAAAGGACAAAUUUUCUAUUUUCCGAUUUUUUGUGUUUUGACUAUUUGAUAUCUGCUUUUCUCUGCCAAAUCGUUAUCAAAUCUGGGGAGUAACACGAGUAACGAAGAAGGCAUGGCACAAUCUUCACGAUUAAAGAAGGGAUUUUACCGCAUCGAGCUCCUAAAAUCCGUAUGGGAGGUGCCAAUGAGAUAUGUUGAUUUGACACCAGUUGGGACUGGGGCCUAUGGCCAAGUUUGCUCUGCGCGGGAUAAAGAUACUGGAAUUAGUGUUGCUAUCAAGAAACUAGCACGUCCCUUCCAGUCCGCUAUUCAUGCCAAACGAACAUACAGAGAGGUGAAAAUGUUGAAACACAUGGAUCACGAAAAUAUUAUUGGCUUGCUUGAUGUCUUCACACCGGCGGAAAGCCUCAAAGAUUUCAACGAUGUCUAUUUGGUCACACAUCUCAUGGGAGCGGAUUUGAACAGAAUUUUAAAGGCACAGCAAUUAAGCGAUGACCAUAUCCAGUUUCUCAUUUAUCAAGUCCUCCGUGGAUUAAAGUAUGUCCAUUCAGCUGGGAUUAUCCACAGGGACUUGAAGCCCAGUAACAUAGCUGUCAAUGAAGACUGUGAGCUUAAGAUUCUUGACUUUGGUCUUGCGCGCCAGGCUGAGUCUGAGAUGACGGGAUAUGUGGCGACACGUUACUACAGAGCUCCCGAGAUUAUGCUGAACUGGAUGCAUUACAAUCAAACAGUUGAUGUGUGGUCUGUUGGAUGUAUCAUGUCUGAGUUGAUGACAGGCCAAGUUCUCUUCCCAGGCACAGAUCACAUCGAUCAGCUUCUUAAGAUCAUGGGUCUGGUCGGCAAACCCUCUGACGACUUCAUUAAACGGAUGAAUAGUGAUGAAGCCAUACGAUAUAUCGAAUCCUUACCAAACAUGAAGAAGAAGGAUUUCCACUAUUACUUCCGGGGGGCAAAUCCACUGGCGGUCGAUCUGUUGGAGAAAAUGCUCGAAAUGGAUCCAGAUAAUCGGAUCACAGCCGCCGAGGCACUCGGCCAUCCUUACUUCAAUCAGUACCAUGACCCAACAGACGAGCCAGAAUCCGAGCAUUACGAUGAGUCAUUUGAACAAGAAGAGCGCAGUAUUCCGGAAUGGAAAGAAAUGUGCUACGAGAGGGUGAUGUCUUUCAAGCCAAAAAUAGCAUGUGUGCAGAUGGACACAUAAUUCCCCGGUGCUAGUUGGAAAGCUGCAAAAUUUGAGCAUUUAGAAAGUAAUGCUGAAAGACAAUGCUUGUAUAUAGUACUGUAAACAGUUAGGCAAGGAUCUCUGAAUGGUGAGCUGUUGCCUUAAUGAGCCUUUUCGCCCUUCAUACCUGCGGUUCCACUCGUCACUACUUUCUACUAUGCAAGGAGACUGGCAUAAUAGAAAUUAGUGACAGUAGCUCGAAGCUAUGGAAGUACAACAACUCCAAGGAUCCUUGCCCGAUUGGUGAAUAGGGAGUGUAGCCUGGAACCUCAUGCAUAAAAUGCUUAUUCGUGUUUAGGGUUUGGAUAGGGAGGGGACAGAAUUGAAGACAAGUGACCUUUCUCAAAGGUGACAGAAAGUACACAUUAUAGUGACUUAGUACCAGAAAUGAUGACUGUUUUGAAGAUGAGUGAGUGGUGACUGGGAAGUGCCUCGCCUAAUUUCUGUGUGGUGCAUUUAGACAUACCUAGAACUAAGCUUUAGUAAGCCAAAGUAUGGUGGUAUGUUAUUAGGGCCCACUGUGUGAGAGAUCACCCUUUAUAUUACAACAUUUCCUUUCCUCAUUCCCAGGGCAUUAUGAAUGAAGUGGGCAUUACUGAUUGACGAACCUCAGGCUUAACUCUAGGAGGUGUAGAAUACAGAUGAUGCAUGGGGUUCUUGGAGUAGCACCCUUGCUUGUAUAGCUGUGGAAUCUGUUGGUAGUUUCUGGUGGUUUGAAAUUUGAACCCUUUGAAGACACUGAUGGACGAGAUUUCUGGUCGGAGUCGAAAAUUCGAAUAUGUAUUGUAAUGCGUUCAGUUUAGAAUGUUUGGUAUUCUUAUCAUAAAGCACCUCUAUAUUCCCACCGCGACCUGGAUUUGUGCCAAACGACUUGGUGGCUUUUGAUGUCACGAUAUAUCAAUCCCUUCAAAAACUUUUCGAAUUGGAGAAAAAUGUCUUCCAAGAUGAAAUGUCUGCAUGAACAUUCCAUUUUGAAGGAACUACAUACGACUAGUACUAUUGAGUAGUAUUUUUCAUUGUAAACAAGUUCUGUUGAAGAUUAAAGUUGGCUCUGCCUACUGAUUGUUUACAACGGGUUCAAAUUGCAGUAUUAUCACGCUUAUAAGCACAUGUUCUUUUUAUGAACGAUUUUGCUUCUUUUGGGGUCCCUUGGUACCUUUAGUUUUUCAUGCAAAAGAGUUCACAAAAGAAGUGGACAGUAUGCAGUGCUUACCUGGCAUAGUGUCAUCACAAUAUCAUGUUACUAUACUUGUAUUUGGGAUCAGCUUGAAGAUUUUGCAUAGAUUUUAUUUACAAAGGAUGAAUAAAGUCAUGUUUUGAUGCAAGAAUGGCUUAUUUUGGUGUUGCAUCAUGGACUAGGCAUGUUCAUUUUUCUCACAUACUGAUGCAUGCAAAUAAAACCCAAUAUUAGGCACAUCUAUUUUUUCAGCACAUUUGCUUAUAAGCAAAAUCGAUAAUAUGGUAUGACCUCCACCUAGUGUACAUAUUUUUGCGAACAGGUUUACAUCUUGUUGUAAAUUGGUUAUCAACUUCGUUUUCCUCUUAACGUCGAUGAACCUUAAGAUAUGUAUAAUACUAGCAUACUGUUUUCACCUUGCAUUUUUAUACACCAAAGAAUCGUUAGGGACUAGCUAUUUGUGUGGAUGUUGACUGGAAAUGAUAAUUCAUCAUGAUUUUAUGGUUGAUUGAAUCAUGGGCAAUGUUUUGAAACCAUUUUUGUUGUGUUGUAUGAUGCUCACGAGUCAUUUUAGACUUGUCUCUGUCCUUCUCUACUUCAGGCCGAUAAAUCAAGUAACAUGCUCUCAAGAUGAUGCACUUGUAACAUUGUUACUUUGAAAUUUGUGCAUUUGACCUCGUCAAGGAAGGUUAACACCAUGAUUGUACAUGGGCUAUAGCUGUACCACCUUACCUUACUUAUGUUUAUAUCGACGCAUUUUACAAUAAAGAUGAUUAAAGGCCACCACUGUGACCAGCAUUCAGAGAGGAACAAGUAGAAAUUUAUGAUCACAGAAUACUGUUACAGUGUAUGUCUUUUGACUUCUGCAGUGACUGAGACAGUUCUAUUGUGAAGAUAUAAUAUAUUUCAGCUUAGCAGUCAAUGUUGUAAAGUGACGUUUUUGUCUUUGCAUGGUUAAAUGGCAGUGUGUUAUUGUGUAUAUGUACAAGAAAGAUGGUACUCCAUGUACCGAGACACGGAUGUAGGAUCACAGUUCUCAAAAAUUUAUCGAAAAAUCAUGUUAACAAAAAGGCAAACUCUACCGACCGCCACGAGGCUCUCCUGUCUAAGAUUUGAGCUCUUGACUCGUCAUUGUCCACGGAGUGAUAAGUUGCUUUUAUCGCGAGUUGUUUAAGAUGCAAUGAAAACUGGUACAUCUUGGAUCGAAUUGGUGUUCAUUUCACCUCAAAGGAGCUGAGACGAUGAUGUCAGGUUAUUUUGUGUUCCAAUUUUAUGGAUGAUCUGUGUAACUACUUCAAUAACAAUACCGGUACCAAUAUAUUGUCUGUUUUGUGUAAAUGUUAGAAUAUGGUUUAUGCAAAUUAUCUUUUACUACUGAAAUUCAUGUCCUGGAACUUUGUCUGAAAGUAGGACUAAUGUAGAGACACCAUUAUUUGAAACCAGUUCUGUGAGCUUUUCACAACGGCUCCCCUUCCUUGUGAAUGAUAGAUUAUGUUGUGCCAGGAGCACAGUAUACUGGAUCUUAUCACACCUUCCUUUUCAGUAUUGAGCUUAAUUGAGGUGUCUGGUCGAAGUUGUUCAAAAGAAGUUAUAUCACGAGAACUGGUAUUAACUUGAUGGUAAGUCUCAUGGACUUAAAAGUCAAUGAGAUAACGCAAGAUUAAGUUAAAGCCAGCAAACUCGUUUUGAACCAUCAGGCCCUAGAUUUAGAAGGACUAUUGGCUGGAGCUGGGGGUCUGAGUACAGCGCUCGCAAAUGUGAACCAUUUAGUUCUGCAGACCUUUGCUUCUGACAUGUGUCAUAGAACCUUAUGCAACUGCAUCCCAUGUAGAACAGCCCUCAGGAACGUUCCUCUCUCUCAUUGUUUGUAAAUGUCAGUAGACCUUUUCUAAUAAAAUAGUAGUCCACUCUUCAUGUCA